AAGAGUAUUUUAUGGGGAAGUAAACCAAACGCCCUUGAGAAGUUCUGCAAGGCAUGCGAUGCUCAUCCUCAACUGUUCCAGCUUGCAAAAAUGUUGAAUGAUUAUUUCCUGUGUUCAUAUUUUAUUUUAUGUUUUUUAUAUAUAUGCUGGUGGCAUAUAAGACAUUCCAUAGCAUGAACUUCUUCAAUCCUCCCCAUUGACACUUUAAAACCAGUGAACAGUUAAAGAAACAAAACUCAGCAAUGCUCUAAAUCUUAUCCAUUCCUCUUUUUUCCAGAUUUCUUCUCUCUUUCCUCUUCGAAUUCCCUCCAAUGGGCAGCACUGAAGAAGACCUCAGCAAACUCAAUUCCCAUCACGAUCCCGCUUCCCCAACACAGCCCCUCCUUUCCAACCCCACCUCUUCUUCCCCUAUUGAAGAACCCACUUCAAUCGUCCCCCAAGAUCCCGACUCGACCCAGUUCCUCCAGAUCUCCUACAAUUAUGGUCCUAGACCCUUCAAGGACCUUCCUUUCCUCAUCCUCUUUGCUUUCUUGGUCCUCUGCACGUUUGGGUUUGGUAUUUUCUCCAUCUUCAAUCGAAACACCAAGUAUGGUGACGUUUCCAGUUAUACAUAUAAUUCUAGUUCUAGUUCUUGUGUUGAAAGCUCGAGUUUUUCCUUAUCGGGUCCCAAUUUGGAUUUUGGGUUUGUGCUGUUUUCUUCAUCGAGUUCUGGUUUUUUCAAGGUUUUGAUAUGGACCCUUGUGAUAACUUUGAUUUUAACCGCGCCGAUUUGUUUUCUUUUGCUUUUGUUGCUAAAACACUACACAAAACAGAUUGUGUACGUCUCUCUUCCGUUUUUCGUUAUCAUGCCGAUAUUCUUAGAUGUGUAUUGGUUCGUUGCAUGCACCGUCAGCUCUUCGUGUAGCGAUGCUUUUCCCCUGGUUUAUAGGAUUCUGGUGCUUGUGUUUGUGUUGUUAGUUGUUGGGGUGAUUAUUUGGAUUUUCAUAGCCAAUUGGCAACGUAUUGAGUUGACUGUGCAUAUUAUUGGGGUAGCAUCUGAUGCGCUUUCAAGGAAUUUGGUGUUGUUUUUGGUGUUACCCUUGUUGACAAUUGGCUUGCUGCUUUACUAUGCGCCCAUCGUGGUGUUCUUAGUGUUUGCAAGGUUGAAUGGAAAAAUUGUGGCACGAGAAUCAGAUGGAGAGUACACAUGUGUCUGGAAACAAGAUAGUUGGGUGCCAGCAUAUUAUACCUUAGCAAUUUUGACAAUGUUGUGGUCUUUAACUGCAAUGGUAGAAGCACAGGUAUAUCUGAUCAGUGGAACCAUUGCGCAGUGGUAUUUCUGCAAGGAUGAUUCUGCUCCUAAGCGGAGCAUACGAAGUUCCUUGAGAAAUGCCUUUGGCCCUUCCUCUGGCACAGUCUGCCUAUCAGGGCUACUUAUUUGUGUUGUUCGAGUAGUACGUGCUGCUGUUGAUAGUGCAAGACAAGAAGCUCCUGGAAUAGUGAAUCUUGUACUACGGUGUUGUGUUAAUGCAUUUCUGUCAGCAAUAGAUUUUCUUAACAAGUUCACCAUCAACUUUGCAGCAAUAACUGGUGAAGCUUAUUGCGCAUCUGCAAGGAUGACAUAUGAGCUUCUGAGGCGUAACCUCCUCUCUGCUGUUUUUGUGGAGACUGUAUCCACUCGGUUGUUAGGUGGAAUUGUUUUUGUCCUCUCAGCAGUAUAUGCAAUUGUGGUCUGGGCUAUUGUAAAGAGCGUGAGCAGUCUCGGGGUCGAUUCAUACCUUGUAGCUGUUUUUGCUUGGUUGCUGCUGAUCGUGGUGCUAGCUUUCUUCGUCCAUGUAUUAGACAAUGUGAUUGACACUGUUUAUAUUUGCUAUGCAAUAGACAGGGACAAAGGAGAUGUCCAUAAGCAAGACGUUCACGAGGUCUAUGUUCAUUUACCUAUCAGUAGGAGUCUCAGAUCAUCCUUCUCUUCAAGAACUCUUAGUGUAUAAAUAAAUAUCCAUUUCAUUCUAAUGUAUCUGUUUGCCACUCCAUCAUUUUGUUCUCUGUGUGAAGUUGUAACUGCCUGUUAUUAGAUUCUGCAUACCCUUGAUUUCAUUGUACAAUUUUGAAUAAAGAAUUGAUUUUUUUUAGGCAAUGCUCAGUUACCCUUCACCACCCUUUCAGGCAACAGCAUAAAUAACUUCUUUACUG